AUGGCGCCCAAGAAGACUCGAUCCAGGUCGCCCGACCCAAAUGACCGAGCACGGGUCAGCUCGGCGAUGCGCAAGAGAGGGAACACGGCGAUCAAGAAGAACUACAAGUUCGGCAAGGACUGCGGUACGAUCGCGGUGCUGUUGUUCUACAACAAGAUCCACGGAUUCUGGGACGGGUCAGUGUACACCCCCCCGGGGGAAUCACUACCAGAAAACACGGACGAGCUGAUACGAGACGUCGAGCGCAGGCAGGUCGUGUCCAACCACAAUCUUGUUCUGAGACCAGCAAGACAACGGAAGCAGCAGGAUAGGGCAAAGCCGUGCAAGGUCACAAAGUCCUACAAGGCCACGAAACCGGCACCGAGGCCGUCGCCCCGCGUACGCAGCCUUCGCAGUAGAAGACGGCCCGGUGAUGGAUCACCUGUGCCUGGAGCCUCGCCGGCUCAACCCCAGAUUACCGUUGCUGGCGAUGAGUCGGAGUCCGAAGAUGAAGAUGAAGACGAAGACGAAGACGAAGGCGGAGAUGGAGACGACGGCGCGAGUGUCUGGGACGUCCCCAGAAGUCCAGCGCCGAGGGAGACGCAACGUCGGAGUCGUCGGGGUCGUCGUAGUGUUCGCUCUGAUGCGGAUAAGCCCGUAGCUCGACGCCAGAACGAUGCCGCCCCAGGCACCUAUGCAGUUGAUCCUGUUCGCGUCGCUGAGCGUACCAACGAUCAUGUCAGCGACGACGAUGAAGGUGGCGACUAUAAACAAAAGCACCGAGGCCAAGCCCGCCGAGCCCGCGGCCGCAAUCGUCGUCGUGGGUUUGACGAUCAAGGCGAACCGGCAGAACCAAACAGGAAUGCCGCCUCGCACCACCUUGGCGACCAUGAGGUGGCACACGAGCAGAGCGCUGCGAUACCGUACACUUCUAUGGAGGACGGAGAUGCGGAAGGUGAGCCGUGGGGCGAACCGACGGCACCUCUUGCUCCUAUGGGUACGGCUGGUCCGAUGGAUGCUGCAGUUGACAUGGCCCACUGUGAUGAGGUAAGGUCCAUGGAUAUGACGACGGGGACGGAAGACGAUGCCUGGAUGCACUCGGCUAUCAUGGAGUUUGGUGACAUGGCGGAUAUGCCAGGUGCGCAGCACUGGGGUGACAUGCUGGAGUUUGAUGCCGACAACAUAGAUAUGCACAUGGAUGUGGACUUGGACAUGGGCCUGAUGGAUCAGUUUGGCAACGGGCAGCUAGCCAUCGACAUGAUGGGUCUUCCCUCAGCCGGCCCUGGUGUCGUUCCUGCGGUGUCCACAGAAGUCGGAGGAAACCAGGACGACCUUGGACUGGUGCAAGGCGACGGCGGCGACGCUAACGGUGAUGGUGAUGCGGAUGGUGAUGCGGAUGGUGAUGCGGAUGUUAAUGCCGAUGCCGAUGCUGGCAAUGGCACCAUCAAAAUGUUACAGCCCAGUGCUGUUACUGCCAGUGGCAGCCGCGUAUUCUCCACCCAGUCCAGUGAUGGUGCCCUUGGAGUACAGGCGCAGCGUCUGCUGGACGAGACGCAUCCUAGCCCACGGUCGAUCGGCGUUCCAGGCUGGCCCGACACUCUGGAACAUACCACAACUGCGGUUAAGGACGGAGAACGGCCGGCUCGUUUUGCUGGAAACCAGCUGUUGGCGAUCAUCGCUAAAGCAUUGUCCCAGAUGGACAGCUACGGAGAUGUUGAGCCAGAUAUCGGCGAUAAAAGUUGUUGGCCAAUGCAAAGUCGAGACAUGAUCGGUAUGCCGUUCGCGAUGCCGGCUUGA